CUCGCAGCCAAACUGUUUGAUGAACAUUCCAAAACAACAAAAAAAACAAAAGUCAAAAGGUACUGCAAAAUACCAGGAUGCGAUUAUUAUACGAAAUAUUCAACGGGUGAUAUCACUAAACACAUGAAGGCACGCCACUCUAUGACGACUACGCCAAAGAAGAAAGUGGUAAAACAAGAUGAAAUGCCCAUUACUCAAGUACCAAAGAAAAGGAAACAAAAAAAACCCACAACGUCCACACCAAAGGAAGGAGGGAAGCGACACGGAGGGCUGAAGGAAUUUACAAAGAAAAAACGACAACAGAAUCAUGGAUUUAUGACGUCUACGCCAAAGAAACGUUUCACUACGUAUCCAAUAACAUCUACACCUAUUGCUACAAAAACACUGGAGGAGGAUGCAUCAAUGUUAGCAAUGCCCGAGUCAGAAGUAGCAGAAAUACCAAAACAGCAAACGCAUAGUCAUGAUCGUAAAAUUGUGACUUACCAUGGAGCCAUUAAAGUAACAUAUGAAAACAUUCCCGACGAUCAUCCAAUAUUAUUUGAAGUGAAGCCAUCCAGAGAGCAGUUAUCGACCCCAGGAGUACUUGUAGAUGACAUAGGAUCCGUGGAGAUAAAAAUCAACAACAAAGAGGAUUUGGACGUUAUCAAGCUAUUAGGACUUCGUGUGAUACGUACAUUUAGGAAAUAAACUAGCGAUAACUUACGACAACAAAUAGGAUUUAUAAAAGCGUCUCCAUACUCUACACAUUUCGAAACAGGGACUUAGAACUUCAUCAACAAUUUGGAUUAUUUAUGCGUCGCUUAGUAACUGAACCAGGUAUUGGAUUUCGAUUUGCCAAAUAUUAACUGACAUUGGAUUACUUUGUUCACAGCAUCAUACUUUUUCAUAGAAUAUUGGACACAGGACUAGAUAUGCGGAUUAUAAAACGUCCUCCUAUUUUAAAUGUUUCGGACUUUAUUUAUGGAUUAUUACAAUGCCGCACCGUCAAGGAAAUACUAAAGGAUUUGUUGCCGAACUUUCAUUUUCGUCAUUUUACGAACCAGGUAUGCAGCAAUUUAAAGGAUAUUAUUAUGAACAAUUUUAUAAUUAUGGAUUAUACACGAA